UCCUCACUGCUAAACCUAGCUUUUAGCAACAGUAUAACAAAGGAAAAUAAACAUGAUCUAAUUUUGAAACAAGUGAACUGCAUUAUCUAGCUCCCCAUGUGUCUGCAGAAUAAUUGAUGCCCUGCAAAUUAUGUUGCAGAAAAAUAAAAGACCAAAUUGGAGUCAUUUUUCUGCAGUUAACGGUACCCACAGCACAGUUUAAAGACUGCGUUUAAGUCUCGGAGGAAGUUAAACAAGGGACACAGUAUGCUCUGAUUUAACGGACCUCAGUCUGCACGGUGAUGAAAAAAGGGGAGGGGAGGUAAGAGUUUGAUCACAUGGCCACGAAGUCAUUCUGAAAGUAUGCUGUUGAGGUAUCUCCCACAGAAAUAUACAAAGUCCUUCAGAGUGAGCAGCUGUGUCCGUCCAACGAGCAUCAUUUUCAGAGCUUUCAGUGGAACAGCAGCGUCAGACCGUUGGAUACAAAACAGAAGACGAGGCGGUGACGGAAGCAGAAAUGUCUAACACAAGCGUGGCUUGGGUUCCAACCACGAUGAACAGUACCCAAACCUUCCUGAACACCCGCAAUUCGACAAACCUCUCUAACCAAGCAUUAGACGAAAUUGCAGCCAGUGACAUAACCUCCAGGGCGAACUAUAUCUACAGUCUGCUGGCGGCGCUGGGUUUCAUAGCGGGCUGCUUCCUGUUCUACAGCUUCACCCAGACGUACAGAGCGCUGAAACGGCUGGCCUGGCUCGACCGUUUGCUCUGGGCGUUUUGUGGCCUCCAGCUGCUGCUUCUGCUCCUCUCUCUGCACGUCGUGGUUUACAUUCCUGCGUACCUGCACACCACAGGUUUGGGCUGUGCUGCUCUCUCCUUCACCAUAAACACAGUCUCUCUGUGCAGCCUGUUCGUUUUAGUGCUCAUGGCCUACGUCCUGACCCUGGAUCCUCCAUCCCACGCCCUGCUGAGGAAGCCUUGGGUCUGCGCAGCUUUGGUGAGCCUGACUUCUUUUCUGAUUUCGCUGAUGCUGGCAGGGCUUCGUGGACCCAAAGAGGGUAUGCAGGAAGAAGCCGAUUGUUUUAUGGAUCCAGUCCGUGCUGGAGUGUCAUAUGCCGCCGCAAGGUUGUGCCUGGCUUUUUUGAUUCCCUACCUCCUUCAACUGGGACUUCUGAUGGCUGGCUGCGUCCGGCAGUGGAAAUCUAAAAGGCGUUUCCUCUCCGGCUCCGAGGAGGGCCCUGUGUUCCUGACGGUGACUGUGGUGACGUUUUUCUGCCAGCUCUUCUACAGCGUGGUGCUCGUGAGAGGAGCACAACUGGACCAACUCGCUUCACUAAAGAAGGAGGUGCUGAGCCAUCGCGAGCAUGCGUUUCUGACCGUGGCCAGGCUCGUGUUGUUCUCAGGGAGCAGCGCCAGCCUCCUCAUCGUGCUGCUUAUGCACCGGACGUGUCGAGAGAGUCUCCACGGAGCGUUGAGGCAGCUGAGGGACUGCUGCAGAAGACCGGGGGCCACCCAGACCAACAGAAACAUCAUAGCCCCCCACAUCGAGAUCACAGACACCCUACAGGAUAUAGAGUCAUAGAGGACAAAACUCUCCUGAUGCAUCAACAAACUUUUGAAUGUGAUGUUUAAGACGUAUAUUUAAUCUAACUUUUAAAUGUUUUCCUUUGUUUUCCUUGCAUGCUUUUCUCCUUUUUAGUUUGUAAUGAUUUUUUAAAUAUCUUUUUUUGUACAGUUUUACAAACUUUUGCUGUACAUAUUCUAAAUUGUGCAACAUGCACAGUCCUGCAGUAAUGAACAUAUGUUUAUAAAGUUCUUGUAAUAACUCCUCUCUGAACAAAACCAUUAAAAGGACUUACUGUUGCUUCUACUGGCAAUUUUCUAUUUUAUUAAUCUGCAUUAGACACAACUCUUUUCUCUGAAAACAGACUUUGUUUGCAUAAACACUGCUUGCACAAAAGCCCAUUUAAUCAACAUGCCUAAAGACCUCCAAAUUUCCCAGAAUGCAACAUAGGAAAACAUUUACUCCAGGAAAAUAAAAGUCAGUGUCAAUAUUCUCCAUGUACUUAUUUCUAAAGCUGUUAAAAUACCGAAACAAGCCAGGCGAAGUGAUACUCUGAACGUUCCGACACAUUUCAGGAAAUGUAUGGGCACGAGUUCUAGGAAUGACUGAGCUGCAUGGAUCACAUAUAACCGUGGUGCCAACAUACAGUGGCGUUAAACGAGGGACCGGUAGGAAAAUGUAGGGCUGGGUUGAAUAUGAUGCUGGCGUUACAUUUAGUUUCUGAUUCACACUGUGCAAAAAUCACAAAAGCAGCCAUUCCAGGCAAAGAUCUAUCAUGCCAUAGGUCAAUCACACAAUUAUUGAACGCAUAAUAUGAUGCAUUUCAGCAUUAACAUGGCGAAUUCUCCACAAAAGAAUGCAUGUAAAACCAAAACAGAAACCAUAGGUGCUGCAAAACUAAUGCAUCUCUUUGUGUCUGCAGAAGAGAUGGAGUCAGACUACCCUGCCUGUCCUUUGUCUUGUUUUGUGUAAAUAAACUGUUGGUCCGUCUUUGCCAGGAAUCCCCUAACUCCCAUAUUUAUAUAUUGUAACAUACUACAAUCAUAUUCAGUCUUGCUGUAAAUGGUGGGCGGUACCACAACACUUCUCUGGAUACACUGCGACACCUGCUUUCAAAGUCACCACCAUCUGGACAGGGAGGAUUAGAAAAACUGAAAUGCAGAAAACCAAGAACAAAGAGUGGCCAUCACUACACUACCACGACGCAGAAAGAGGAAACAGAGGACACCACAAUCUCCACUGGGGCUAAACCCUUGGAAAAUUAAGCACUAUGGCUACUUAAUGGUUAGCUACUGCUAACACCAGAUCAACACAACAGUGCAAUUUAUAUAAUAUGGACACAACGAUGUACGUGGACAACAGCAUCUUUCCUGCUCAAAUAAAUGACUCAAAGGCAAUCAUCUCUGAUUUCCUGCUGGCAGAAAAUCCUCAGCAUUACAUUAUCAGCCUCUUCCUCUCCAGCCUCUACAUUAUAUUCCUGUUCCCUGUUGGCUUCAUCGGGAACAUACUCAUCUUAGUGGUCAACCUGUACCACAGGGGAUGCCUAACAGCUCCGGACCUCUACUUUGUGAACCUGGCUGUGGCCGACUUGGCCCUCGUUGCUGACUCUCUGAUCGAGGUGUUCAACCUGAAGCGGGGUUACUACGACCGGCCCGGCCUCUGCACCUUCAUGAAUCUCUUCCAGCAGGGCAACAUGUACAGCAGUGUCUUCUUCCUAACCUGGAUGAGCUUUGACCGGUUUGUCGCACUGACCGGCUCGAUGGGUCGCAGCAUUCCACAUCCACGCCUCAGCUGCUGCCUCAUCUGGGUGUCCUCCUCUCUGCUCACCGUGCUUCCUUUUGCUAUAACUCAAAGGCAGCAUGCAGGAGAUCUCCACUUCUGCUUUGCAAAUGUAUCCCAGAUUCAGUGGCUGGAGGUGAUGCUGGGUUUCCUGCUGCCUUUCUGCAUCUUGGGUCUGUGCUACUGGAGAAUAGCAAGGGUGCUCGCGCGGAGUCAGAAGGCACAGGACAGCCCCCAGCCGAGGCCUCGCAGGCAGAAAGCCUUGAGGAUGAUCUCAGGAGCCGUGUUAGUCUUCUUCCUCUGCUGGCUUCCAGAGAAUGUGUUUAUUAGUGUUCACCUUCUGAGAGGCGGCGCAGACGGCGGCACACUGUGGCAGGACUACCCUCUGACUGGUCACGCUGUCAGACUUGCUGCGUUUUCUAACAGCUGCCUGAACCCGCUCAUCUACAACUUCCUCGGGGAGACCUUUCGAGAUAAACUGAGGAGAAGUUUCAAGCUGAGCAGGUCAAUCUCAGGAAAAUAUCUCCGUGUAUCAGCGUUGAUCUCCUCUGGCCACGCAACCUGCUGCAGAGCAAACCAGUCUGCACAUUUAGGCUUAAACAUCCUUCCACAAAACUGGGCUAAUCCUGCAAAAUGAAUACAUGUGCCAUCUGUGUAAAGACAUCAUUUAUGGAGAAUGUGAAAGAAAGGACUCGGAUGCGGCGGAAAUGUUUGUGUUGUAUCAGUUAUUUAAAAACAAUAAAAAUUCACAACCUACACGGCAAUAAACCGGAUUCUGUUUCAAAUAACCUUCUGCACAGUGAACAAAGGAAUGCUAACCAGGAAAAGCUGAUGAGAACACAAGGGAUGUACAACAGACCAAUUGUUGCCAUUAGAAAUGAAUUUAGUAAUAAAACUCAACCGUACGAAACCUAUUUAACCUCUCACCAACAACUGCCUUCAAAACAUGACUUUUGGGUGCUUUAAUUUGGGCCGUGUAGCACAUUUAAACAUCUUUGUUUUGAAGUUGCUGUAUCAUUGCCUGCAUGAGUUAAGUUUUGUGUAUGAACCCACACCAGUAAGCAGUCAACAUUCACCCGAAUACUCAAAAAAAACAGCAGGAAACAAAUGGAGAACACACUUACCUCACUUUUCUCUGCCUUUUGUUUCUUUUUGUGUUUCUUUUCCUUUUUCUGUUUUUUAUCGUCUGCUGUGACGGUCACGUGAGGAAUCUCUACUGGAGCCUCCUGAAGUAAAAUAAAAAUAGUGUUAUUUGAGCAAUGUCAGUUUUUGUCAUCUCAAACAGGUAUGACUAUUACACAAAUGUUUGCCAUUAUAGAUUAAUUUAGAAAUAAAACUCAACUGUACAAAUGCUAUUUAAACUCUUACUAACAGCUUUCUCCAAAACUUGACUUUGAUGCAUUUUGUUUGUUUAGCACCUUCACACAUCUUCGUUUGGAAGACUUUGUCAUUGCCAGCAAAAGUAAAGAUUUUUCUACAUGAACCCACACAAGGAAGCAGUCAAAAUUCACCUGAAUACUCACAAAAACAGGAGGAAAAAAAUGGAAAACACACAUACCUCACUUUGCUCUGUCUUUGGUUUUUUUAUGCGUUUCUUUUCCUUUUUCAGUUUUGUAUCGUCUGCUUCUAUUGUCACAAUCUGUACUGGAGCCUCCUGAAAUAAAUAUAAAUUCAUUGUUUUUAUUGGA